AUGUCUUUAGGCCUGGAGCUCAUAGGUAUCGUGUCAUGUGUGCUGGGCUGGCUUUUGGCCAUCGUGGCUUGUGCUCUCCCCAUGUGGAGGGUCACAGCCUUCAUCGGCUCCAACAUCGUGACGGCUCAGAUUAUCUGGGAUGGCCUGUGGAUGUCCUGCGUGGUUCAGAGCACCGGACAGAUGCAGUGUAAAGUCUAUGACUCCAUGCUGGCUCUCUCUCAGGAUCUUCAAGCAGCUCGAGCCCUGACUGUCAUAUCCAUCCUUCUGACCGUCUUGGCUGUACUGGUGUCCAUCGGAGGAGCGAAGUGCACUAACUGCAUUGAAGAAGAGUCGUCCAAAGCUAAAGUCAUGAUCCUAGGAGGUGUGCUGUUCAUCGUAGCUGGGCUUAUGCAGCUGAUUCCCGUGUCCUGGUCUGCAAACAGCAUCAUCAGGGACUUUUACAACCCUUUGCUGCCUGACGCCAGGAGACGGGAGAUGGGAGCGGCGCUCUACAUCGGCUGGGCAGCAGCUGCGCUCCUGAUUUUGGGGGGAUCGUUGCUUUGUUGCUCCUGCCCUCCACAGGAGAAAAAAUAUAACCCGUCUAGGAUGCCGUAUCCUGCGUCUCGCUCGAACGGUGGGGGAGGCUAUGACAGAAGAGACUAUGUGUGAAACAAACAAAGG